AUGACCACGAGAGGCAAAUGGUUGGACAACCAUUGGCCCAAGAAUAAAAUCGUGUUGAAGUUGAAAGCUGGUCCUGAUCCUGAAGCUAACCUCAUAUCACGUAAUUUUCAAAUAUGUGUGAAUAUCCUCGAAGGCAAGAAACUAAUGUUCUCUUACCCAGUCCAGCCGACGUCUUACGUGGUGGUCGCUUUGGACAAAGUCAAAUAUCGGACUGGAGUGAGACAAAACAUGAAAGUGCCGUAUUAUAGAGAGAACUUCGUUUUCGAGCUGUUCACGAGCGCUGCAGAAAUGAAACGCAAGUGUCUAUGGUUGACCGUCAUUGAGCCAUUUGGUGGCGUCCCUCGCAUGUUAGGGGAAGCCGGAGUGGACCUGGCGCAUGUGUGGAGGCAGCCACACCAUACCAUUAGCCAAAAGUGGGUACAGCUGUCCCUGCCUACCGAUGCAAAGAAGGACCCAGUCGGCUACCUAAAAGUGGAUAUCUCCAUUUCGGUCCGCGCUGAAGUGUUAAACGCGCCGUUUUUCCAAGAGAGAAUAGAGCACAACCUCUUCCUACUUAAUGGUUCCGAGCAGCAACCCGCCUGCUACCAAGUGACGAUCUACCGCGCAUACAACGUGCCCUGCAGUGCGCAUGCACGCCCGGACACUUUGGGAAACCCCCCUAGCACAUGCGUGAGACUCGCCUUUUCUGACCUAAUGGGUGAGACGAGCCCGCAGCACCGCACAAACAACCCAGUGUACAUCGAGCGCAUAUCAUUGGUCGAGAUGUUUCCGAACGUGUGCGACACAAUCCAGUUGGAUGUGUGCUCUGUUAACGGGGUGUCGAAGGUCCUGGCAAGUACGAAGUUGAAGCUGUCGGAAAUAUCGCAUGGCGGCGAAAACGGAUUCCUACCCACGUUCGGGCCGUCCCUUCUCCACAUGUACGGGCCGUGGCGCGAGUCUGAUGACGGGCCCUUCCACCGCGGAGCGCUGGUGGUAGCCAUGAAGACCAUAGUCCCAUAUUACAAGCAGGAUCUCAGGACGGUUCACGUGGAAACGGUGAACGCUGGCUUGCUGGAUACGGAGUGGAUUAUCGAGAAUUUCAUUAUGUUCUGUCCUGUCUUCGAAGUGUCCAUGCUGGAUAAGAGCUUGUCGGGAACCUCGUGUGGGAUCGCCAUCACCACUGGAGAUAUUCCAUUUAGCAGCCCCUUUGGCCAAGAUCCUGACGAAUUUGAGAGAGUGAUGUCUGAAAUAAAACAGAAGAAGCUGCAUUACACGGGUGGCAGGCCCGUCCGCUGGAACAGCCACGUGUCGGGGCACCUGGAGCUGACGUGCCCGGUGCUGCAGCUGGCCGCGCGGCUGCCGGACUUGCGGCUCCGGCUGUACGUGGACAACGUGCUGCUCGGGAUCCUAGCUCACCUGGAAAACAAUCUUUGGGAAAUCUCUACCCGUCUCGCAAACAAUGACUACAAGGACCCCGACGACCUUGUAGAGUCUCUCAAUCGCUCGAACGACGAAACUGCCGCCAAGAUCAAGAAGUUUCUAGAAAUUGUCCAACACUCCAGCUCAAACGAAGACAUGCAGAAGUAUACUACGGAGCUUGAUCAUAAACUUGUUCAGCUGCAGAAGGAGAAGAUCGAAAAAAUAUACUGUCGGCUAAUAUCAAUAAAGACUAAAGCCUCGCCGUGCUGCAAGAAAACUGUCAAAAUGAUGCUGGCUGAAGCCAAAAGCGUCUACCAGGAGCUGAAGGAACUCAUGUACAAGACCCCAGACGGCUGGCCGCACAUAUCGGUAUGGUUGCUAAGCAACGGGUCGCGCGUCGCUCACACCAAGAUAUCGCCGAGGGACGUCAUACAUUCAGUCACGCCGGAGCAGUGCGGCCAGCGAUGCGGGAAAAUACAGACGGUUUAUCUGAAGCCAAUAAAAUGCCCUCAUCACCACCCGGUGGACUGCAACUGCAUCUCCGGAAAAGUAGAGCUGCUCGCGUGGAUGGGCUUGUUCAGGCAUCGCGGCAUAUUCCAGUAUUGUAUUCCAGAUGGGUACAGAAUUAACGAAUCGGGCCUUGGCCUCGAGUGUGAACCAACGUUCCUCGAAUGCUGCGUGAACAUCUAUCGUGCUAAGCUGUCCGGCUCGAGCGAUCUCAGCGGUCUGUCGCCCUUCGUGAGAAUCCACUUUAUGAACAACGUCAAAGAUACACAGAUAUGUCAAAAUACCGCCUACCCGGUUUGGAGUGAGGUGCUCCGUAUAUCGUGCAGCGCUAACGUGUCCCCCCAACGCCUGGAGACUAGUCCACCGGAGAUACUCGUCGAGGUGUACCACUGGGAUGCCACGCAAAAGGGUAAAAUAGAUCUGCUCGGUCGAGUCACGUUGACGCCCGAGUUUUUGGUAUCUGAAGAUUUGGAGCCACCGCCUGCGCUGGACUGGCUCGACCUUCGUCUCUGGAAUGAAGACGUGGGCAAAAUACAGAUGUCCGCGCAACUUACGCAAAACAACAACAGUACGCUAAGCAAGACAUGGAUCAACAGAACACAAGAGCUGCUGCAGAGGUCGAGUGACCAAGUCGUCCGGACUUUGUUGACCUCGGACGUGCCGGAACCGCUACCCCUGCAUAUAUUGCCUGAUAAUAGGAGUUACAAAAUCGACGUAUACUUUUGGGGUCUCCGAGAAGUGAGCAUCACGAACAAGCCCCUGGUGACCUUGGAACUGGAAGACAUCACCAUAAAGUCCGCGAUAAUUACCCAGUGCAAGUCCAGCUGUAACUUUCCUAACGCACGGAUCUCACAGACAUUCCGAGGUAACUUGACCAACGGAUCCCAGUUGACAAUCAAAUUGUUCGACACAACCACCUUCGGACGAACCCUGUUCGUUGGUUCGAACGUGAAGAGGCCCGAGAAAUACCUUCUCACCUGGCUGUCCAAGAGUGAAAGGGAUGAAAAACUGCUUCUGAAGCCUGUAGUGAACAGUCUCUUCAUGCAAGUAAACCGCAAGACUUUUGUCAAAAAAACUUUGUCGUAUCCCGUUUUCGACAAACCUAAAACCUACAAAAACGAAGAUGAGAAAAAUACAAAAGUGAACUGGGAAAACAUUAAGAAAUUGUUUUACAAGAAGGCUUGCGAGGAGGAGUUGAUGCUUCUACCUAUUUACUCUAAGGAAAUAGACAACGCCGUGAAAGAGACGGAAGAUGAUUGGUGGGCGAGAUAUUAUACUUCGUUAAAUUUUUUAUAUUUCAAGAUAUACGAUUCAGAGUUAGAGGAGCAGCCCGACUUCGCCAGGUUCAAAGACUGGUGCGGCACCAUCAAGAUCUACAACAGCAACAAGACAGGAAUACCUGACAAGGACGAGAAACUCCGCUGUGGGUACUUAAAGGCCAGUAUAGCGAUAUACCAGUGGCCGUCGCCAGAGGACACACUGCCAGUCAGCAGUAGCGGCGUCGACCUACAACAAGGCUACUUCAACAACCACCCCGACAACGACCCAGCCCGGUACCUAGUCCGCGUAUACGCGGUGAAAUGUUCUGGUCUGGUGACCAGUGGUACCACGUCCAAGUGCUAUGUGGCCGUGCAGUGCAACUCUAAGAAACUGUGCGACCGGGGGUCUAGCGUGCCGAGGGAUGCUGAACCUACGUUUGGAAAGAUGUACGAGCUCGACUGCACACUUCCAGAAGACUAUCUCCUGAAGAUAUCAGUGCUGGACUGUGGGGCUACGGCCGACGAGUUGAUCGGCUGCACCAGUAUUGAUCUCGAGAACAGAGCCUACACGAAAUAUAGGGCCACUGUUGGCCUGGCUUCCGAGUAUAAUAUAAACGGCUCCAACAGAUGGCGUGACAGUGACCGGCCGUCGGCCAUAUUGGAACAGCUCUGCGAGCAGAACCACCUAGCGGCCCCCGAGUUCCCCGACCCCUCAUCCCUGGUCUUCAACGGGUUGGAGUAUAAAGACCUUGACUCUGGAACGAAAUACACAAACCCCUUAGCAAGCAAGGAGAACCUUUGCCUGAAUAUCCUUCACAAAUGGCACACAGUACCCGUGUGCGGACACAGACUCGUACCUGAACAUGUCGAGAUCAGAACUCUGUACGACCCUGACAAACCCGGGGUUGAGCAGGGUAAGAUCCACAUGUGGGUGGACAUGUUCCUGCUGGACUGUCGCCGGACAAUACCGGCGCCUGUCUCCAUCCGUCCUCGUCCUGAUGAGUACUAUGAACUGCGGGUGGUUGUGUGGGACGUGCAGGGCUUAAAGGUGGCAAAGAAAGCUAAUAUCUAUGUUAGAGCAUGGAUUGGAUCAAGCGAUGAAGCCCAAGACACCGAUAUAUAUACGAGUACAAACGGCGAAGGACGAUUCAGUUGGAGAAUGAUCUUCCAGUUUCAAUACAAGCAUACUGAAAGAAAGUUGGUGCUCCACGACAAGGGCCCGUUUACGGAGGUGACGGAGGUGUUUCCGCCAAUUCUCGUCCUCCAGGUGUUGGAUAUAGACGCUCCGACACUCCAAGAUUUUAUAGGUAUGCUGACGCUCGACCUGUCGGGUAUGCCGCGAGGCUCGAGGUUGCCCCACAGCGCGCGCGCUGUAACCAAUAUGCGCAAAGUCAAUAUGUUUGCGGUGCGCAACGCGCGCGGCUGGUGGCCCCUCAGGAUGCUCGACCGGAACUCCGGGGACUAUUAUUUUGCUUUUAGCAGGUCCUGUUAA